GGGACGGAAUGGUUCCAAAGCUUCAAGGAACUGGAUUGCGAUUGGCUACACCGCGUCUAGUGCGGUCGGUGCGAUUGGCGGAAACUCCGGGCCUCGGCAGCAUCGGCCCGCAGGAUUGGCUGCAGCUGUCGCGGCCCGGCUCGGUCUGACAGGGGCGAGCCGGGUGCGGUAAGGGGGCGCGGGACCCACGGGCCGGGCGCUCUGAGGAACAUGGCGGCGGCGGACCUCGCUCAGAUUCCUGAUGUGGACAUUGACCCGGAGGGCGUCUUCAAGUACGUGCUGAUUCGAGUCCACCCGGCGUCGCCCUCCGGGACCUCGGCUGGGGAGUGCAAGGAAAUCGUGCGCGGCUACAAGUGGGCCGAGUACCACGCCGACAUCUAUGACAAAGUGUCGAGCGAGCUGCAGAAGAAGGGCUAUGGCUGCGAGUGCCUGGGCGGCGGGCGCAUCUCCCACCAGAGCCAGGACAGGAAGAUCCACGUGUACGGCUACUCCAUGGGGUACGGUCGUGCCCAGCACUCUGUUUCAACUGAGAAGAUCAAAGCCAAGUACCCUGACUACGAGGUCACCUGGGCAGACGACGGCUACUGAGGCCAGUGCCCAGCAGUCAAGACAGGACUCUACCUGCCCAGGGUCGCUUCUGAGGGGUUGCCCAGCUCUUUGCUUCUGCAUCCCUUGGCACUGUGCCACCCCACCAGGCCUUGGAGCCCAGGCCAACCUCGGGAAUUAAAAGCCUUAGUGCACCUGCUCA